AGUCCGUGCAGUAGCAGUGCAAAUCCGGCUCCGUCUGGAAAAAUAUUUACUGUUACUCGCUCCGCCGUUCUCUGCCGUUCCUCUGGGUGCACUCUUGUCGGUCCCACGAAAAUAGACGCCGACAAAAAGGCGAUAAACGAUAAACGAAUAUAAAUUGCUUCGCUCCGAGCAGGCAAGUGGCCAGCCAAAUGGGAUUCAACUCGGAUCUAAAGAAGCGACACGCAUUUGGAAUAUAAUCAUAUCAAACGCCAUGUCACGGUUUCAAAGCCCACUCGCUUUGGCCCUGCUGCUGCUGCUGUUGGCCAUGCAAGGCGCCGUCAAUGCCAGCUACCAGGCCAACAUGUUCCUCAAUGGUCAAUAUCAAAACGAUAUUAAGGAGCAGCCCGAAACGCAUUUCUCCGUCAAUCCCGUCUCGAAUCCAUUCCUGCAUCAUGCCGUGAUCAGCAGACAGGCGUCGCCAUUCCAAGCGCCAACCUAUCUGCCGCCGCUGGAGCAGCUCAAGUGCGCCAAUGGACAGCAGUGUGUGCGUCAGGAUCAGUGCCAGAAUGGCUACUUUAGCCAGCAGCUGCCCAAGAUUCAGAACUGCAAUCCCGAAUCAAACAUCUGCUGCACUUACCGACCACCGGCCACAACGACGACAACAACCACAACAACCACGCCCGUGCCGUAUGCCACCUGUCCACGUGAUUCGGAUUGUGUGGCGCCGCAAGAUUGUCGCAAUGGUGAAAUCAGCGCCAUCAACUAUGUGAAAAAGCAGGGGGCAAAUCGUUGCUAUGAGCCGGAGAUUUGCUGCCGCAUGCCAUCGACUACGCUGACCGAGGAUGGCUACAUUUUCAACCUGCCCGAGAAGACAUUCCCGCUGCCCACCAAUCCCACCGUGCCCGCCGUGCGCACCACACAGCCCGCCUAUCGGCCACAGCCCACAACUGCGCCUGCCCCACGUCCCACCAAUGAGUAUCUGCCGCCCACAACCACACGUCGUCCCGUGGUUGAUUAUUUGCCACCGCAAACCACUCGCCGGCCCAUCUAUCAGCCGCAGCCAACACAGACACGCGCUCCGCAGCCGACACGCCCACAGCCCACGCAGCAGCCGUACCGCCCACAGCCCACGCAGCCGCCGUACCGUCCGCAGCCCACACAGCAGCCCUACCGCCCGCAGCCCACGCAGCAGCCGUACCGUCCACAGCCCGAGCAGCCCGCACCCACUCAGCCUGCGUACCGUCCACAGCCCACACAGGCGCCGACGCGUCGCCCCACCAAUGAGUACUUGCCGCCCGUGUCUGUCAACGAGAUUCCACACCGCGAGCCGCGUCCCACGCAGCCGCCACGAUAUGAGCCGGACCGUGUGCCACAGCCGUCCAAUGAGAAGCCCGUGUACCGCGGCGAGGAUCAGCUCUCGCCCCAGAUCUUCCCUACGCCCGGUGCCGCCGAUUUGCCCAAGCACUAUGCCAAGUGCGCCUCAGCGCUUGUCUGCAGCCCGGAGAACUAUUGCAAUGCCAUUGGCGUGCUGAGCGAUACGCCCCUGCAGCUGAGCCCCAUGGAGGCCGCCUUCCGUGUGCCGCUCACCGACUGCCUGCUGCCCGACAAUGGUGCGCCCGGCAAGUGCUGUCGCGAUCCCAACUAUGUCGAUCCCUGGCCCGUCAAUCUCGCCGGCGUUUGCGCCACCCGCAACAAGCGCACCAAGCCCACGGGCGUUAAGGAUAUUGAUGCCAACUUCGCCGAGAUCCCAUGGCAGGCGAUGAUUCUGCGCGAGUCAAGCAAGACCCUGCUCUGCGGCGGCGCCAUCAUUGGAGACGAGUUCGUGCUUACCACGGCCAGCUGUGUGGACGGCGUGCCCGUCAACGAUGUGCGCAUCAAGGCCGGCGAAUGGGAACUGGGCAGCACCAACGAGCCGCUGCCCUUCCAGCUGGUGGGUGCCAAGACCAUUGACGUGCAUCCCGCAUACGAUCCCUCGACCAGAGCCAAUGACAUGGCCAUCGUACGCCUGGACAAGCGUUUCGAGUUCGCCACCCACAUUCAGCCCAUCUGCAUCAGUGACGAGGAUCCCGGCGCGUCCGAGCAGUGCGUGACCACCGGCUGGGGCAAGCAGGCGCUGUCAAUUCAUGAGGAGGGCGCCAUUAUGCACGUGACCCAGACCUCGACGCAGGCGCGCAGCGAUUGCGGCGCGGACGGCACCAGCGUCUGCAGCGCCACCAAGUUCGAUGCUUGCGAAUUUGAUGCGGGCAGCGCGCUGGCCUGCGGCAGCGGCUCCAAUGUCAAGCUCAAGGGCGUCUACAGCGGCGAGAACAAUUGCGGCGAGAAUCAAUCGGUGCGCUUCGCCAAGCCAGACAUCAAAUGGAUCAAUCAGGCAUUUGCCGAUCGCAGCAAGCCGCUGCUCCUGAAGCGCUUCUAGAGGCGCCUCGGGCCGCUGAACAGGAUUUAGCCAACCAAUCGAGUGUACAACAAACGGAAGAUGAUAUCCAGAAUGUUGAGCAAUCAAUCCAUCGGGCGACAGCUCAACUGUUGCAAACGUGUUUUUUUUUAGUUGAACUAUUUUUAAUGUAGCCAACUUUGCGCUGCUGUUAAACUCUUUUCACUCUUCCCGAAAGCACCGCCAGCACCCGCAUCAUCACACUGACCAGCAGCAGCACCAUCCCAUCCCAAACCACGAACCACUCCACCACAUCUACCCCGUCCACAUUUCUAAUUUAUUCAAAACAAGUGUCUUUUGUCUUUACCUUUCUUUGAGUUUUUAACUGCCAGCGUUUCUUCUCGAAUCUAUUUCUAUUUUAGUUCAAAUAAGCAAAGUGAACAAUUUUAAUGGUAUAGAAGUCCAGCAAGUUGUAAAAUAUUUAAUUAUAAGCCUAGGUUCUACGGACAAACUCGAUGAAUUGCCAAUACGAACAAUACGGACGAACGAAACCCAAAAUUCAACCACAUUCAAAUCAAACAACAACGAUGAACCGCAAACCUCCAAGUCCUUUGAGAGAAAUUGAGAUUAUACAAGAAAUAAUAUAUUUUUUUGAUUUUUUCUAUCAUUUACUCUACUGCGUACCUAGCUUAAGCGAUACCCGCCCACGCCCCCUGACCCCUACAUCAUCCUUAUAGCCGUGCACCCUUUCACAUAUGAGAGCACCAAUACCGAGAUUUACCGUUAUUUAAAGCUUUUUCCUAUAUCGUAAAUCGUAUAAUAUGUAUGUAUGUAAUAUGUUAAACAUGUUGUAUAAAGUGUCUAUGCAUCUAAAUUUAGCUUCUUAUUUAAUUUUUAAAUA